AUGAUUACUGUAAUUUACAUAGGGAACAAAAUUUUGUACAAUGGUGGUGAUGGUGGUGAUGAUGGCGAAUACACACGAAGGUUAAGAAGGAGAGUGAGAAGAGUUGGAGUACGACGACAAGCCGGACAAGGUGUGCUCGGAGAUAUGGAAAACCUUACCUUCCGUAAGAUCGAAGACCACCUUACCAUCAUCAGUGGCCAAUUGGUUCUGCCAGCACAAACAGGCGGCACAGAACAGGCGAUGAUUCAACACCUCUGGGCAUUAUCCGACAGGGCAGCCCUUCAUCCCCAAUCGAUAUCCUUCCUUAUUCAUCUCAACGUUGCCAAACAGUGCCACACUAUCGCAUGCGGAAGACGUCUACACAUAUCGAGAUGGAUAGCACUGCAAAGGCAGGACAACAGAGAGAAUCCAGAAUGGAACAGGCAGUUCACUGGUUCUCUCCCAAAUGAUGUCCUGCUUUUGUGGCAGGUUUUUCGUAUGCCAUGUUUGCAAUUGUUGGAGAUUGGCUAUGCCGCUUCGUAUCGUCCUCAUAGACUUAAGGAUAUUGUCUGUUUGUGCCAACAACUCGUCAAUGAUUGCCAGCCCCUACGACAGUGCGUUCUCAUUGCGCAAGAACAACUGCAAAAGUACGUAAUUCAAAAUGUACCUGUUGGCUAA